AUGGGCGUUCGAUAUUUGGAGGCGAAAGUCGAUUCAAUGAUCAUGGACGUGAUCGAGUGCCACGAAACAGAAAUGGUUGACCCGCUCAUACCCAUCUUGAUGGGAAAUGGUGAAGAAGAAGAUGAGAUUUUCGCAAUCCAAGUUAACUACUUUAACUGCGGAGGUAUCGCAAUUGGCACCUAUGUCCCACAUAAGAUUGCAGACGGGGUCUCAUUUUUCUCAUUCAUGACAUCGUGGGCUACCAUAUGUCGUCAACAUGAUAACACGAUUAAUACCUUGAAGCCGAGCUUUCCCUCAUCAUCCCUCUUUCCGCCAAAGGAGAAACACGACUACAAUCCUCAAUCCGAAGACUGUAAAGAGACCCUUGUCACUAGGAGGUUUGUUUUUGACGCAAGUAAGAUAAGUUCAAUGAGAGCAAAGGCGAAAAUUGAUCAUGAUCAUCCCAUUCCAACCCGAGUGGAAGUAGUAUCGACUUUCAUAUGGAAGUACGCUACGGUCGAUAAGCCUGACAAACCAUACAUCACAUUUCAGGCGGUGAACCUAAGGAGCCGAAUGGUGCCUCCAUUGUCGGAGCAUGCAAUUGGGAAUCUCGUUGUGCUGGCAUAUGCAUAUUGCAGCUACGAAGACUCGAAUGAUUUAACAGUGAUGGGAAGGAAGGUGAGGGAAGGGAUCCGGAGAAUUGACGACGAGUACAUAAGGCGUAUUCAAGGGGAUGAAGGGUUUCCAGUUUAUAAUGUUGAUUUUGGUAUGGGGAAGCCUGUUUGGGCGAGCUUAGGCAGUUUGAUCAACAAGAACGGCGCUAUUCUACUGGAUUCAAAAUGCGGAGAAGGUAUAGAGGCGUGGGUCACUAUGAAUGAACAAGACAUGGCUCGUUUUCAGCAUGCUUUUGUUAGAGCUAAUACAUCAUCAUCAACGUAA